AUGAGCCAAUGUAUACCCACAAGAUACGGUAGCGGCUAUAUCGAAUGGAUCUAUUAUGUGUUUGGAGAGUGUGUAUAUGGUACGCAAGAUGCCGUCAGUCGCUCCCUCGGAUAUUUUUCAAUCUUGUUUUGGCUGAAUGCCCAGCUUCCUCAAGUCGUUGAAAAUUACAAAAUCGGAUCUGCAGACAGUCUCAGUCUAAAAUUCUUAUCAAUCUGGCUUGCCGGCGACCUGGCUAAUUUGAUAGGGUGCAUAUUGACGCAUCAACGACCCUUCCAAUUUUAUCUCAGCGUUUAUUUCGUCAGUAUUGAUAUCUGUUUGCUGUGUCAAUGGAUCUAUUACAGCAAAUUCAAACGCAAGCCCUCCAAACGCAUACAAUCCAGCAAAGAAACGAUCCUGUCAGCAUUCCAGCAUCCUUCCGUGCGCACCCCGUUAUUAAUUCAGUCGUCGGACCAGAUAAUCAAUGAUGAAUUGUUACCCUACUCUGUAUCAGCUUCACUAUCAAAGUACUAUACGCUUGAAGCAACUCGAAAGUUUUAUCAAGAUUCGCCUUUAGAAAGUGUAUUUGCCGACGAUCCUUUAAUUAUUGGUCGUGUUCUGGCUUGGAUUUGCACUUGCCUGUACCUGAUGUCACGCAUUCCUCAAAUUCUGAAAAACAAGAGACGAAAAUCUGUGGAAGGUCUAUCGCCGUCCCUGUUUGUCUUUGCGGCACUUGGUAAUUUCACUUACGCGUCCAGCAUUCUGACAGCCCCCGACAACACUCCGGGUACUCUGCUUGAAGCUUUACCUUAUUUAAUUGGGAGUGCCGGAACACUUACCUUUGACGCCACAAUUUUCGCUCAGUACAUGUGGUAUCGUCGUAAACCAGCUCAUACGCAUUCUAUCCAGCGUUCCCAUGCUAUUGUAUAG